CUUUUAGCCCUCCUCCGCCCCUUUCCCACCCAGGGAGAGCGCGCGGCGGCGGAGGCGGGUUGGGGAGACACCACUGCGGGGAGGCGCUGGCCACCCUCUCGCUCUCGCCUUCCCUCUCUCCUCCUCGGCCCGGACCUGCGGCGCCCACUUCCAGCCUUCCUCUCGCCCGCCUCGCUUCCGUGCCCUUUCCUCCUGCUUCUCCCUUCGCGCGGAAAGGGCGCCUUUGCUCUUGCAGCAGGUCACGCCUCUGGUUCAUUCAGGGCGAGAGGCGAGGCGAGAAGAGGCACCGGGCGGGCUCCCCUCGACUGAGCUCCGGCUUCUCCCUCCUCCUCCUCCUCCUCCUCCUCUGCCUCGGCUCCAAACUCUGGCGCCCGCUUUUGCCUUGCCUUUCCCCCUCCGCUUUCCCCUCCAGUGCCUUGGCCAAGCACGUCGGGGCGGGCAGGCUGGCUUUGCCCGAGAAGCCUGUAAGACUGAGCGGCCCCAAGCGUGUAUACACGUAGAGGGAUAAAUCCGCAGCAAAGCCACCAGAAAGAAGACCAGGAGGAGGAGAAGGGGGUUGAUCCUGCCCUUUUCCCUCCUCAGAGUUGGAUGGGGGCGAGAAGGGGAAUGCGACUGAGCCAUCUUUGGUGCCUCUUCUCUCAGCUGUGUUUCCUGUCAAAUGGGAUCACUUCAGGUCUGCAACCUCUGGGAGACUCUGAGGAGUGGGAGAUUGUCUACCCAGCACUGUGGAGCAGGGACCAACAGGAACCCAUAGGAGGCAGUGGUGCGGGAGGCAGCUGCAGUCCCGAUGGAAACUGUGGAAAUAGCAGCAGCAAUAUUAGUGCUACCUCUGCAUCCACUCAGGUGGUGGGCAGCUCUCGUGAGGUCCGCUCGGUUUCUUUCUCAUCUAACAGGCAGUUCCAGCCAGUUGGGGAGACUUCCGAGGAUGAGGUCUCAGAGGACGAAUAUGAAUCUCAGGAGUUCUAUCACUGGUCUCAGGGAUCUAAUGCUACUUCUCAGCUACCACCUCCUCCACCUUUAUCUUCUUCCCCAGAGGAUGGGGAUGAGGUGCUGCUGAGAAUACCAGCUUUCGCUCAGGAGCUCUAUCUGCUGCUCAAGAGAGACAGUCGCUUCCUGGCACCAGGUUUUGCUGUGGAAGAACGACUAAAGAGUGAGAGGAGGAGUCUUCCAUAUUCUGCCAAGACCCACACAGAGAGAUCAUGUUACUACAGUGGGUCUGUGCUACAUUACCCUGGCUCCUUUGCUUCCUUCAGCACUUGUGGUGGUUUGAUGGGUUUUUUGCAGAUGAAUGACGACUUCAUAUUUAUUGAACCACUCAAUCACACAUUGGCUGUGACAGGUCAUGCACAUCGAGUAUACAGACGUAAAAGGUCCAUACAUGAGAGAGCCACUGAAAAUCCCACUUCUCAUAGUCAGUACUGUGGUGUUCUUACUGAGAAAAGAAGAGCCAAAGGUCAAAAGAGAACAGAGAGUGGAAGAGGAAAGAGAUAUUCCUAUAAAUUACCUCAAGAAUAUAAUGUGGAGACUGUGGUAGUUGCGGACCCAGCUAUGGUUUCAUAUCAUGGAGCAGAUGCAGCAAGAAGAUUUAUUCUAACAAUUCUAAACAUGGUGUUUAACCUUUUUCAACAUAAGAGCCUUGGAGUUCAAGUGAGCCUUCGAGUAACUAAGCUUGUUCUGCUUCAUGAGACUCCAGCAGAUAUGUAUAUUGGACAUCAUGGUGAAAAAAUGCUGGAGAGUUUUUGUAAAUGGCAGCAUGAAGAAUUUGGUAAGAAAAAUGAUAUCCAUUUAGAGAUGUCAACAAGCUGGGGUGAAGAUGUGUCACCAGUUGAUGCAGCCAUAUUAAUUACCAGGAAGGAUUUCUGUGUACAUAAAGAUGAACCAUGUGAUACUGUCGGAAUUGCUUAUCUAAAUGGGAUGUGCAGUGAAAAACGAAAAUGUAUUAUUGCAGAAGAUAAUGGCCUGAAUCUUGCCUUUACUAUUGCUCAUGAAAUGGGUCACAACAUGGGAAUAAAUCAUGACAAUGACCACCCAUCUUGUGCAGAUGGUCUCCAUAUCAUGUCUGGAGAAUGGAUCAAAGGACAGAAUCUUGGAGAUGUUUCAUGGUCCCGGUGCAGCAGGGAAGAUCUGGAAAGAUUUCUCAGGUCAAAGGCCAGUAACUGUUUGCUUCAGACUAAUCCCCAGAGCAUCAAUUCUGUGAUUAUUCCUUCAAAAGUGCCAGGGAUGACGUACACUGCAGAUGAACAGUGUCAGAUUCUCUUUGGACCAACAGCUUCUUUUUGCCAAGAAAUGCAGCAUGUCAUUUGCACUGGUCUAUGGUGUAAAGUGGAAGGGGAGAAGGAAUGUAAAACUAAGCUGGAUCCACCAAUGGAUGGAACUGAUUGUGACACUGGAAAGUGGUGUAAGGCUGGAGAAUGUAGCAGUAAGACAUCUUUCCCUGGACACAUGGAGGCAGAAUGGAGUACAUGGAGCACUUGCAGCAGAACCUGCAAUACUGGAAUCAGCAGCCGACAACGUAGAUGCUCCGGUUCAGUUCAUGAUGGAAGAGAAUGCUAUGACUCAAGAAUACAAUAUAAAAUAUGUGAGAAUCCUUCUUGUCCUCUUGGAGCACCUGCAUUCAGGGACUGGCAGUGUCAGGUCUUCAGUGUGAGGCCAUCCUACCAAAAACAUGUACAGCAAUGGCAGGCUGUGAUAGAUGAAGAAAAACCUUGUGCGUUAUUUUGUUCUCCAAAUGGAAAAGAUCAGCCUAUACUAGUAACAGAAAAAGUGAUGGAUGGAACUCCAUGUGGCCAUCAGGAACACGAUAUAUGUGCAAAUGGCAGAUGUCAGAAGUUUGGAUGUGAUGGCAUAUUGGGGUCUUUGACAUGGGAAGAUCACUGUGGUGUCUGCAAUGGAGAUGGAAAAUCAUGUAGAGUUGUUAAAGGAGAUUUUAAUCAUACCCGAGGAGCAGGUUAUGUAGAAGCAUUGGUGAUACCUGCAGGAGCAAGAAGAAUCAAAGUAGUGGAAGAAAAACCAGCUCACAGCUACUUAGCUCUUCGAGAUACUGGCAAACAGUCUAUUAAUAGUGACUGGAAGAUAGAACAUUCUGGAACAUUCAACAUUGCUGGUACCACUGUCCAAUAUGUUAGGAGAGGUCUGUGGGAGAAGAUCUCUGCUAAAGGUCCAACAACCUCACCUUUACAUUUAUUGGUGCUCCUUUUUCAAGAUCAAAAUUAUGGGCUACACUAUGAAUACACUAUUCCCUUGGACCCCAUCCCUGAGAACCAGAGCUCAAAAGUAUCUGAACCACUUUUUAUGUGGACACAUUCAGGUUGGGAGGACUGUGAUGCUGUAUGUGGAGGAGGAGAAAGAAAGACAACAGUAUCUUGCACAAAGAUUAUGAAUAAGAAUAUCAGUUUUGUGGACAACAGGAAAUGCAAAUAUUUAACAAAACCUGAGCCACAAGUCCGAAAGUGCAAUGAACAGCCGUGCCAGACAAGAUGGAUGAUGACGGAAUGGACACCAUGCUCAAGGACAUGCGGGAAGGGAACUCAGAAUAGACAGGUAGCUUGUACUCAGCAACUUAGAAAUGGGACCUUGAUCCGAGCCCAGGAGAGGGACUGUGUCAUCCCCAAACCCAAUGCAGCUCAGCGUUGUGAAGGUCAAGACUGCAUGACAGUGUGGGAGGCUGGAGUGUGGUCAGAGUGUUCAGUAAAAUGUGGAAAAGGUGUACGACAUCGGACUGUGAGAUGCACCAAUCCUCGGAAGAAGUGUGUUUUGUCUACAAGGCCCAGAGAAGCAGAAGACUGUGAAGAUUACUCCAAAUGCUAUGUUUGGAGAAUGGGUGACUGGUCUAAGUGUUCUAUCACCUGUGGCAAAGGUAUGCAAUCCCGGGUAAUCCAGUGCAUGCACAAGAUCACAGGAAGGCAUGGCAAUGAGUGUUUUUCCUCUGAAAAGCCUGCAGCCUACAGACCCUGCCACCUGCAGCCCUGUAAUGAAAAAAUCAAUGUGAACACAAUUACAUCUCCUAGGUUAGCUGCCUUAACGUUCAAGUGUCUGGGAGACCAAUGGCCUGUAUACUGCCGCGUGAUACGGGAGAAGAACCUCUGUCAGGACAUGAGGUGGUAUCAGCGUUGCUGUGAGACGUGCAGGGACUUUUAUGCGCAGAAAAUGCAGCAAAGGAGUUGACCUCUGGCAGGCAGUCUGGUUAGCUCUCAGCUCUUCACAGUCACAUUAUUUAUAAACACACCCCCAAGCACGCUUCUUCAGACCAAAUAUUAUCAGAUUACAUAUAAUUUAAUCAAAUUAAUUUAUUUUUUGCCUGCCAAGACUUUUUUUUUUGUUUUAUGCUCAGAGUUUCCAUGAUUAAUUUUUAUAUGAAUUAUUUUGGAUACAUUUAUCAGAAUUUUUUUUUUAAAAAAAAUACUAUUUUAAAUGUUUAUAUUCAGUACAGUAAACACUUUUCCCGUUCCCAAGCCCCAAAGAGGAAGAGGUAGCAAAAUACUGUCCAUGGUUAGGUGUGCUGGAUGGGAUCACUUAUAACAAGUGUGACUUCAGCACACAUAACUGUUCACUUCAUUGUUCCUGGUAAGAAGCCAUCAUGUUUCCCUAAAUUUACUUUUUUAAGGUGAUUUUUUUUGCUGUAUCCAAGAAAUGAAAUUCACUUUAUUUUAUGAUGAUAUAUUGGUGCUCAGAGUCAGAUUGACCUCAGAUAUUUUUGCAACAGGUUUUGAUGUGAGUUAAGCUAAAAACAUUAAACAGGUUAUAUUACAGAAUGUAUUAGGAAAACAA